GAUGGCCCUGGGGGCAAUGAUUCGCUCCCCCGGGGACCUGAGCCCCGCCCCCUUCCCAGCGCUUUGCUUCCCACAAUGCCUUGCGCGUCCCUUGUCUUGCUCCGCCCCAAGCAGAGGCCUGCACGUGCUCCCCAGGUAGUGGGGGCGGGGCACGAAACUGAAUUCCCGUGGAACCGAAAGGCGGCGGGGUUGGGGGAGGAGACACUGAGGGACCCAGCCUGAACAGAUUUGGAGGCGGAGCGAUGGAGCCGCUGCGGGUGCUGGAGCUGUACAGCGGCAUUGGGGGUAUGCACCAGGCGCUGAAAGACAGCUCUGUAUCUGCAGAAGUGGUGGCUGCUAUUGAUGUAAACACUAUUGCAAAUGAAGUAUACAAGCAUAAUUUUCCUCAUACACAAUUAUGGGCCAAAACUAUUGAGGGAAUUACGCUACAAGAAUUUAAUCAGCUGUCUUUCAAUAUGAUUUUAAUGAGCCCUCCAUGUCAGCCAUUUACAAGAAUUGGCCUACAGGGAGAUGUGACUGAUCCAAGGACAAAGAGUUUCCUUCAUAUUCUUCAUAUUCUCCCAAGGUUGCAAAAAUUACCAAAAUAUAUCCUUUUAGAAAAUGUUAAAGGAUUUGAAGUGUCUUCUGCCAGAGACCUUUUUGUUCAAACACUAGAAAACUGUGGCUUUAAAUACCAAGAGUUUCUAUUAUCUCCAACGUCUCUUGGCAUCCCAAAUUCUAGACUACGUUACUUUCUUAUUGCAAAACUUCAGUCAGAACCAUUACCUUUUCAAGUUCCUGGUCAGAUAUUGGUUGAAUUUCCCACAGUUGAAUCUGCAAAUGCACAAAGACACACGAUUACAGUAGAUGUGAGGAAAAAUAGUCUAGAGAACAAAAUGGAACCAAACCCUCCCUCUGAUGGCAACCCCCCAUGUUGUGGGAAAGAGACAUUCCUUUUCAAACUGGAAACUGCAGAAGAAAUAAAGAGAAAACUUCAGCAGGACAGCGAUCUCUCUGUUCAGAUGUUAAAAGAUUUCCUUGAGGAUGACGAUGAUAUGAGUCAGUACUUUUUGCCACCAAAGGCCCUGUUACGCUAUGCUCUUCUGUUGGACAUUGUUCGGCCUACUUGCAGGCGAUCGACGUGCUUUACAAAAGGAUAUGGAACCUAUAUAGAAGGGACUGGAUCUGUCUUGCAAACUGCUGAGGAUAUACAGAUUGAAAAUGUGUACACGUCUCUUGAAACAUUGUCAGAAGAAGAGAAGCUUAUGAAGUUAUCGAUGCUUAAACUGCGAUAUUUUACCCCUAGAGAAAUAGCAAAUCUUCAUGGAUUUCCUCCAGAGUUUGGAUUUCCUGAGAAGCUAACCAUGAAACAGUGCUACCGUCUACUUGGAAACAGUCUUAAUGUACAUGUAGUGUCCAAACUCAUCAAAACAUUGCUUGGGUAAUUGUGAUGUACUUCAGGAUGAUGGUAAUGUUCCUUCUUUUCAGAAGAUAAUCAUGACAUUUUUAAUUUUAAAAUUAUUUUGAACAGAUUCAACCACAUGGUUAAAUUUCUUUUGAAAAGAAUCUGAAACUAAGUUAUUUAGUAUUCAUUGUAAAAAUGAAAUUAUCAAUUUAAUUUAGAAAACAUUUAUUUAAGCACUUGUUAUAAUCAAAGUUCUUAGCUAGAUACUGAAUUUCACUUUAAAUUUCUUAUAACUAUCCUAUUUUAUAAAAUAAAGAUCAUUAUUACUCAUACUGAAUGUAAAGAAUAUAUGACAAAUUAGGAUAUGCAAAUAACAAAUAUAUUCUAAAAAUGUUUCCCUUGAGUAAAUGAAUUAAGAUACAGAUAUCAUACAAUGACCUUUACACAUUUAGGUGCAUUGAUGUAUUCUGAAUAAAAAGACUUUUAUUUAUCAGAUUAUGUGGGAAGAUCUUUUUAAAAUGUGUUUAACAAUGUAGUUAAUAAAUUGCCUAUUUUUGUAUAUUAAAUAAAAAUUAAUUAUUUUAA